CUACAGGCUCCGCUCACCGCCUGUGUUGUGUGGCUCUACCAGUGUUGCUAUAAAACUUAUUCCACCUCGCCCUGAAUACUAAGUUCUUAAGUAUAGCUAUAUUGACUUACAUACCCGUGAAUUGAACUUUAUACGUUUUUUAUAAGAACUAAUGAACAGAUUUGAACAAAUAUAUAUUGUGAACAUGUAAGCAAAGUUACUUGGAAUUGUCGUAAUGUUGGUUAAGGAGGAGGUGAGGAAUGUGUCGGAGAGUAUAUACAGUUACUAAGACACACUUGACCUGAAGGAACCUAUUGACUUCUAAGGAUCUCUCAGAGGGACGUUGUAACAGACGGAAGUAACCAAUACAAGUUGAAGUCACUACCUUAUAACCAAUGAGGAUAUAUUUUACUCUUUGUGGCCGGAUGGAAGAGCAAAGAUAGCCGGAUACGUAGAACCAGUGACGUGAGUGAUAAGACCUGGCAGGAAAGUGGACCAGUGACGUGUUUAAAGUGAUCAUAAAGGCAUUGAUACUCCCUGAUGUAGUCACGUCAUCAAGGGUUCCAAUACUCUUGUUAUUCAUUACGGUCUUUUUUUUAUAUUUCAACUCCGGCAACUGACUAAACUAUAGAGUUGUAUAAAUUCCAUAAAGAAUUUUCAUGCUCAUAAAAAUAAAAGAACAUCACAUCCGGCGGCGAGUUUGAAACAAAAGACUAUCUAAUGGUUCGUAGAUGUUAUACUUUUAUUAGAACAGAAGCAGGAGAGUGUUGUUAAUAAUUCUGUUGAUUAUUCUUAGCCUUGGAACUGCUUAAGACUUUGUUUAUAAGACAGUAAGUAUCUCUAGCUUGGUUGUGCUGCCAGAACAACAACAAUAACAAAAAGCAAUGAGACGUAAAUUAAUCAACAUGGCUUUUAACCUCAGCAAAAACUUCGAUCACGAGACCGAGGAAACAUUCUCGUCUUUCCGCGAGGACGAGCCGGCCCAGGACUCGGCCCUCCUUAAGACGUCCCUGGAAAGUCCCUACGCUGAGGGCCAGGACCUGGCCUCGACCAUACGCUUCUUGGCUUCGCGGGGUGGCAUGGAUGAACCAGUCCUCCAGAUGGACAUUCUCGAGGACAAUGUCAACGAGACGCUGCUCAAUGUUUCGUCGGGGCCGUACAACGAGACCAAAGACGUGCUGGAGGGCCUGGUGAAGAUGCCCCCGGAGAUGUUGUUCAACUCGUCCCACGUCAUCACCAUCAGCGCCUACUCCUGCCUCAUGGUCCUCUCCGCCCUCGGCAACAUCUCAGUCCUCAGGUCCAUCGCUGGGCACAGGUCGAGGACGUUGGCUUCCCGAGUGACUCUUAUGAUCCUACACCUGACCAUCGCUGAUCUCCUCGUCACCUUUCUCCUCAUGCCCUUAGAGAUCGGGUGGGCGUGGACGGUGUCGUGGGAGGCGGGAGAUAUAGCGUGUCGCAUCCUCGCUUUCUUCAGGACCUUCGGGGUGUUCCUCAGCGGGUUCCUGCUGGUGGCCAUCAGUGUGGACAGGUACUACGCGGUACUACGGCCUCUCACAGUCAUGGAGGCCAAGAGGAGGGUGAGGCUCAUGCUGUGGGGAGCCUGGGGAGCCUCUGGAGUCUGUUCUAUACCCCAGACGUUAAUCUUCCACGUAGAGAGUCACCCAGAUCACCCGUGGUUUGAGCAGUGUGUCACCUUCCAUAGCUUCCCUUCCCCGACCUACGAGCUCUUGUAUAACGUGGCCGGGUUCCUAGCCAUGUACGCCAUCCCUCUCCUCACCAUUAUCUUUUGCUACGGCUCAAUCGUCAUCGUACUCUACAGGAAAGAUGUGAGUUCGCGGGAGGCGGGGGAGGAGAGGUACGGGCCCUCGCUGGGACGCACCAAGACCCGCACACUGCACAUGACUCUUAUCAUCGUCACAGUCUUCUUCCUCUGCUGGACCCCUUAUAACAUCAUGAGUCUCUGGUACUUCAUAGACAGACAGAGCGCCCAGUUAGUUGACCCCAGGGUACAGGCAUCACUCUUCAUCUUCGCCGUGGCCAACUCUACAGUCAAUCCUCUCGUCUAUGGUUACUUCAAUGUCCGGCGCAGCCCUAAGAACGCCAAUCCCAGGCAAGAAUGGCGUAUGAAGCGGAUAGUCUACAAGCCUCCGUUCCGUCAGCACUUGAGAGGUUGUGUGUGUAGCCCAGCCAAGAGUUCCUCCAGUGACCUGCCCUGCCAUCAACCUACUCACCUACCCAAUGGCUACCGAGCUCGCUACCCCCUCCACGUACACCCACACCACUAUCCUAAUGUGUAGGUUCAGUAUCACUCCACCCACACUACUACUACUACUACUACUACUACUAC